UGGCAGAGCAUUAUAAAUUCAACUCGACGCUGUGUGCCUCGGAGCGACCCUUAUUGUCCUUCUGGCCGGAAGACGACGAUUUUCUAGCAUUAUCUCUCUGCCUGUAGAGCAGUUCUCAUUGAAAAUGGCCACUAAUAUUCUCCAGACCUGGUUUCCAACCACCAAGUCCCCGGUCGUCAUGUGUCCUCCAAUGUUCAUGAGUGUCAACGGUAUACUGGCGGCCGAGGUAACCAAGGCUGGCGGGCUUGGUUUCGUCGCCGGAGCCUGGGACUUUACGCCUGGGAACCCGACGCUCGCCGACUUGGACGAGCAGCUCUCGGUUGCGCGGGCGAUCCUCGCCAUCCCUGACAGCGACACCCUGCCCGUCGGCGUGGGCUUUCUCACGUUCGACCCUUCCGUUGUGGACUUUGCCGUUACCGGCCUGCCGAUCCUGCGCAAGCACAAGCCCGCGGCUAUAUGGCUGUUUGUGCCGCAGCCCGAUUCGACUACGCACAGGGACAUCAUCUCUGUGAUCCGCGCUGCCUCUGACAAGUCUUGGUCGCCAAAGGUCUUUGUCCAGGUCGGCAACGUGGCUGCUGCGCGGGAGGCGCUUGAGGAUGGCGCGGACGGGCUCGUCGCCCAGGGUGUCGACGCCGGUGGACAUCAGUGGGCCCAGGGGUCCAGCGUGAUCAGUCUUGUCCCGGAGAUCAAGGCCUUGACCCGAGAAAAGAAGUACCGCGACCGGGACAUUGCCAUCGUGGCAGCGGGUGGUAUAUCACAUGGUAGCAGUGUUGUCGCUGCGCUAGCCCUGGGCGCAGACGGGGUGGGGAUGGGCACACGCUUCCUUGUUGCCGAGGAGGCCUCCUCGAAGCUGUCCGCCAGAGACGCCAUCAUCCAGAGCACUGACGGCGGUGCCAGCACAGUCAAAUCUCUGCUCCACGACCACAUUGAGGAUCGUUACAUCUUUCCCGGGCCCUUUGAUGGACGGGCCCUGGUCGGCCCCUCGAUUCUCGAUGAGCGCGAUGGCGUGACUCUCGCUGAGAACCAAGGCAGACUCAAAGCCGCUGUCAGCGCGGGCGACACGUCAAGAGAUGUGGUCUGGGCUGGCACAGGCGUGGGACUGAUCAACGAGGUGCUGCCGGCCGCGGAGAUCCUCGACAGGACGAGGGCGGAGGCGCUGGAAAGCCUUCAGCUCCUGCAAGCUUUCGCUUAGUAGCUGGAACCUUUUACAUGACGCUUAGUAGCUCAUGCAACGAAGGAGACUACGUCCCACCUUUUCCCGGAAGUCGAAGCGCCAGACGCUUGGGGGCUGCUGUGAAUGUUGGGUCAUAGUUUGUGCUAUGUGUAGGCUGGCAGUGCUAUGAAACAUAUAAAUGUAUCACAUGGUCGAGGCUAAUGCUUCUUCGUCGAAUUUCUAACAUUCCAGAAUUCUCUGCAGGCUUGGGCAGUGUUCCCUGCAGGGCGCUUGAUAGAAGUCGAGACCCGCCACGCCUAGCCCCGUUAACCAUAUAAUC